CUCAGGUAGGCGCCACAACCUUCCUUUCUUUCCACCAUCUUCGCCAUGAAGACCCCUUCUCUCUAUAGCCAGGACGAUCCAAUUACAGAGGCAUUGCGACCGCCUCCCACAGAAACUGAAGCCGAGCGCUUUGCCCGUUUACAAGCGGAAGCGGAGGCAAAACGGAUUUCAGAACAAAUUGACGAGGAUCUUAGGCAAGAGAGGGAACACCUGAAGAGGAAGAAAACUGAUGUCAAGCUACUCUUGCUUGGCCAGGCUGAGAGCGGGAAGUCGACGCUUCAGAAGCAAUUCCAACUCAUGUAUAAACCGAACUCUCUCGACCAGGAAAGGUCUUCAUGGCGAACAGUCAUAUAUUUUAAUGUCGUUCACUCUAUCAAACAUAUCUUGAGCACGCUGGAAGCAUGGGAUGACUCGCUCGAGGACGAAAUGGAUAUCGACGGACCUUACAGCCACGGCAGGUCUACACCCACAGUGCAUAGUUCUAGGUCACAUCACUUUUACGACCCUCUUACCUCGAAAACCACCAUUGCUAAUAUCCGUCGGCGGCUUUCCGCCUUGGUCGCUUCUGACAUCCAACUCGCUGACCGUCUGAGCGGAGGCAUUACCGUAUCUGGAUCUGGCAAAGGCGGUGUUUACGUUCGUAGUGGAUGGCAGGCACGGACCAUUGAGAAUGCCCUGGGAAGGAUUCGUCCAAGGCCUUCCGUUGAUGGUGAUGGCAAAAAAGGUCGGGACAGCUUUUCCACCGAGAUUAUACAGGAUGCGCUGGUUCAGGACGUCGGGCGGAUGUUGGAUGCAGCCAAGGACGACAUCAAGGAGCUCUGGAAUCAUCCGACGGUCAGAGGCCUUAUAAGCAAGCGGCGUCUAAAGUUGGAUGAGUGGUCGGAAUUCUUUCUUCGACACAUCAGCCGUGUAGCGGCCUCGAACUACGUCCCUACGACAGAUGAUAUUCUACAUGCUCGAAUACAGACCAUGGGCGUUGCAGAGCAUAUUUUCGACGUUACCAUUCAUGGCAAAGCUGUUACCUGGCAUUUAUACGAUGUUGGUGGUGCUCGUGGGCAACGACACACAUGGAUUCCUUACUUUGAUGAUGCCAAUGCUAUCAUCUUUGUGGCUCCUGUAAGUGCUUUCGAUCAGUAUCUCGAAGAAGAUCCGAGAACAAACCGUAUUGACGACUCCUUGCAACUAUUCACUCAGAUAUGCUCGAAUCGUUUACUGAAGAAUGUCCACCUUGUCCUUUUUCUCAACAAGACCGACUUACUCAAGAAUAAGAUCGAUUCUGGUUUACGAGUUCAGAAAUACAUCACUUCCUUCGGCGAACGGACGAACGAUUACGAGACUGUCGUUCAGUAUUUCCGUGCCCAUUUCUUGCAGGUUCAUCGACGAAAUAAUGAGAAUCGUCGCGUGCUGUAUACUCAUUUCACCAGUGUUGUGGACACAAAGGCCACACAACGAAUUAUCGGCAACGUGCGCGACUCUAUUUUCCGAGGAUAUCUUCAGGACGCCGCCCUCGUAUAGUCCCAACACAGCUAAGCCUUACCCUCCUUGGUUUCCGCAUUGGGCGGAGGGCUUGUUGUAACGACCAACCCCAUCGGCCUUUUAGAACUGAACGGUGCAUUCAUGCUCUACUCGCUCUUUUCCAUUUGUUAUUGUACUGCUCCUCACUGUUCGUGGUGCUCAUCGAAGUGUAUUCAGCGCACUCAAUAAUUCUCUACUCUUCCUGUCAUUGUUCUUUUUAUAUUUUGGUCACUACGUGUUUAUGUCUACCUGAAACUCAUCAUUAUGUAUACUCGAGCUCUCCGCAUCGCUUUUUUGUACGCACCCGCAGCUGUAAUCCCAAAUUAUUAUCAUUAUGACAUACAGUUCGAUAAGUAUUACCCCCAAUAGACCAAUUGUGCUGUAGACAACUU